AUGGAGCGUUUAUUCACACCUAAGGAAAAAAACUAUAAAAGUUGCGAUCUUGCGAGAUCUGCCUUUAAGAAUAAGGAUAUCGAAGCUUCACGUGCCGAGCACAGGAAACCAAUUAAUCAUGAGAGCCAUAACUCCUCCACAUCUGACUAUAUCAAAUCUAUUGUUUUUGGAGGAUUGGAUGGUAUUAUGACUUGCUUUGCGGUGAUUGCGGCUGCUGCGGGCAGUAAUGGCAAUUACGCAACUGUUCUUAUCUUUGGGUUCUCAAACGUCAUUGCGGAUGGCUUUUCUAUGGGCUUUAGCGAGUACAUAUCCGGAGCGGCUGAGCGAGAAAACGCCAUCACUGAACGAAUGCGAGAGGAAUGGGAGGUUGAAAAUGCAUUCGAUAUGGAGGUGGAUGAAAUGAUCCAAAUAUAUGUUGACAAAGGGCUGUCUUUUGAGGAUGCCAGCACAAUCGUUUCUAUCAUUUCCAAAGAUCACAAAGUGUUUGUCGACUUUAUGAUGGUUGAGGAGCUUGGUCUACUUCUGGAUAUCGAUGAUCCUCACGGUCCCAAAAAGCAAGGCACCGUAAUGGCUGUCUCAUUUAUCUGUUUUGGUGUAAUUCCUUUGUUUGCUUAUCUGUUUGGAGAGGGUCAGGGAAUGGACAGGAUUUUCGCAUUUUCCACUUUCUUGACAAUGCUUUCUUUGGUACUUCUUGGAGUUUUAAAAGGAUACUUGGUCGGAAUUAGUAUUUUUAAAUCGGCACUUCUCAUGAUUGUAAACGGUUUCGCUAGUGGCGUUAUUAGCUUUACAGCUGGUUAUUUGAUCGAGGAAGCGUUGCGGCGUGAGGUGAGAGCGUUGUAA